UGAUUCAGAAUGGAUUCCUCUUUGAGUGCAGCCGAGAUCCGUGAGAAGUUCAUUGACUUCUUCCGGGGCUAUGAGCACCAGUACGUCCACUCGUCGGCCGUCAUCCCGAUGGACGACCCCACGCUGCUGUUCGCCAACGCUGGCAUGAACCAGUUCAAGCCCAUCUUCCUCAACACCAUCGAUCCCUCCCACCCUAUGGCCAGGCUGCGUCGUGCCGCCAACACCCAGAAGUGUAUCCGUGCAGGAGGCAAACACAAUGACCUGGACGAUGUGGGGAAAGACGUCUACCACCACACCUUCUUCGAGAUGCUGGGGUCCUGGUCCUUUGGCGACUACUUCAAGCACCUCGCCUGUCAAAUGGCCUUGGAGCUGCUGACCAAGACGUUUGGUAUUUCAAUAGACCGUCUCUACGUCACCUACUUUGGGGGCGACGAAGGAGCCGGCCUGGAGCCCGACCUGGAGUGCAAACAGAUCUGGAUCGAUUUGGGGAUGGACGAGGCUCGCAUCCUGCCCGGCAGCAUGAAGGACAACUUCUGGGAGAUGGGAGACACUGGUCCCUGCGGCCCCUGCAGCGAGAUGCACUUCGACCGCAUCGGAGGCAGAGACGCCUCCCACCUGGUGAACAUGGAUGAUCCCAACGUCCUGGAGAUCUGGAACCUGGUGUUCAUCCAGUUCAACAGAGAGUCGGAGACGGAGCUGAAGCCGCUGCCUAAGAAGAGCAUCGACACAGGGAUGGGUCUGGAGCGACUGGUGUCUGUCCUGCAGAACAAAAUGUCCAACUACGACACUGACCUCUUCGUCCCUUACUUUGAAGCCAUUCAGCAGGGAACUGGUGCUCGACCUUAUACUGGUAAAGUAGGAGCUGAGGAUUCUGACGGUAUCGACAUGGCCUACCGGGUGCUGGCUGACCACGCCCGCACCCUCACCAUCGCCUUGUCCGACGGGGGUCGACCUGACAACACAGGAAGAGGCUACGUGUUGAGGAGGAUCCUGCGUCGUGCAGUCCGUUACUCCCACGAGAAGCUCGGAGCUAAGAAAGGCUUCUUCGCCUCCUUGGUGGAUGUGGUGGUCACGUCCCUGGGCAAUGCUUUCCCGGAGUUGAAGAAAGACCCGGAGAUGGUGAAGGACGUUAUCAAUGAGGAGGAGGAGCAGUUCCUCAAAACCCUCAGCAGGGGGCGGCGUAUCCUCGAUAGGAAGAUCAUGAGUCUUGGAGAAAGCAAAACCAUCCCAGGCGACACGGCGUGGCUGCUCUACGACACGUACGGCUUCCCCCUGGACCUCACCUCCCUCAUCGCAGAGGAGAAAGGCAUGGCCGUGGACCUGGCUCAGUUUGAGGAGGUGAAGAAGGCAGCACAGUUGAAGUCCCAGGGCAAAGGAGCAGGAGACCAGGACCACAUCAUGUUGGACAUCUACGCCAUCGAUGAGCUGAGGAACAAGAACGUUCCUGCUACAGACGACUCUCUCAAAUACAAAUACACCUCUGAUGACAGCGGCAGCUAUGUGUUUCAUCAGGCCUCUGCUACAGUGCUGGCUCUGCGCCGUGACCGGGCCUUCUGCGAUGAGGUGACCACAGGUCAGCAGUGCGGCGUGCUGCUGGACCAGACGUCCUUCUAUGCUGAGCAGGGCGGACAGACAUUCGAUCAGGGCUUCAUGCUCCGGGAGGAUGACAGCACAGAGGACAGGAUGGAGUUCACGGUGAAGAACACACAGGUUCGAGGAGGCUACGUCCUCCACGUGGGGACCGUCUAUGGAACGCUGAAGGUCGGGGACAGCGUCGUCCUACAAGUAGAUGAGGCUCGACGCAAGCCCAUCAUGAGCAACCACACCGCCACACACAUCCUAAACUUUGCCCUGAGAGGAGUUCUGGGAGAGGCCGACCAGAGGGGUUCCCUGGUGGCUGCUGACCGCCUGCGCUUUGACUUCACUGCUAAAGGGGCCCUGAGCACAGGGGAGGUCCGCCGCACGGAGGAGAUCGCUUGUGCCAUGAUAAGAGAUGCUAAGCCGGUGUACACCAUGGACACCCCCCUCGCUGAAGCCAAGGCCAUUCAGGGUCUGCGUGCCGUGUUCGACGAGACGUACCCCGACCCCGUCCGAGUCGUGUCCAUCGGCAUCCCAGUUCAGGACCUACUGGACGAGCCCACCAGUGCUGCUGGCUCCCUCACCUCCAUCGAGUUCUGUGGUGGAACCCAUCUGCAGAACUCGGGUCACGCUGCGCCAUUUGUCAUCGUCUCAGAGGAGGCCAUCGCUAAGGGCAUCCGCCGCAUUGUUGCUGUGACAGGAGCAGAGGCACAGAAGGCCCAGAGAAAAGCCGAUGCCCUGCUGCAGUCUCUGUCCACACUGGGAGACAAGGUGAAGCAGCAGACGUCCCCGAACAAGGACACUCAGAAAGAGAUCGCAGACAUGACCGAGUCGAUAGGCACAGCAGUGAUCUCCCAGUGGCAGAAGGACGAGAUGAGGGAAACCCUGAAGGGCCUGAAGAAGACCAUGGACGACCUGGACCGCAACUUCAAGGCUGACAUCCAGAAGAGGGUCCUGGAGAAGACGAAGGAGGUGAUCGAGAGCAGCCCCAACCAGCCGCUGCUCGUAAUGGAGAUGGAGACUGGAGCCUCAGCGAAGGCUCUGAAUGAGUCACUGAAGCUGCUGAAGACGAACUCCCCUCAGACCGCUGCCAUGCUCUUCACCAUCGACCCUGAAGCUGGAAGGAUCACCUGCUUGUGUCAAGUUCCUCAGGAUGUGGCCAAGCGUGGUCUGAAGGCCAGUGAGUGGGUUCAGGAGGUGUGCCCCCUGCUGGAUGGCAAAGGAGGCGGCAAGGACAUGUCGGCACAGGCCACGGGCAGGAACAUGCACUGCCUGCAGGAGGCGCUACAGAUGGCCAACGAGUUUGCACGGCUCAAACUGGGAGAAAACUGAGGAGAGAGGAGAUGUCGUGGAAACAAGGUGACGGUGGAAGAGUCUUAACUGAGUUAGAAUUCAUCACAUAUCCUCCCCCCUCCAUCCCCCCCCCCCGCUCCUCGCUUGUAAACGAUUUAGAAAACAAAUGAAUCUCUCUCUGGACAUUUGACAGAUGACCACUGACUCUCAGCUCGCAAUAAAUGAGCCACUCAUAUAUUAUAGGGAGAAUCAUUGCUGAGUAAAAUUCAUUUCUGGAAACUGCUUGAAUAUAAAAGAUCCUCACAGGUAACAGAUGAUCUAUGAAAUGCGUUUAGCGCGUCUGUCAUCGCUGAAAGCUCGAGGGAAAGAAAAAAGAACUUGAUUUCUCCUCCUGCAGGUUCAGCACAGCUCAGCUGAAGAAACAGAAACGCCUCAGACUCCCAGUCAGCUCCUGAUUCACUGACACUUCAUCCUGCCUCUUCAUUUAGAAACAAACUCAGUCUGUCCUUUGUCGGCCUCUGAUCCCUGAGCAGUGGCUCCGUCCACCUGUGUGAGUUCUCUCCUGUGAUUGGUUGAAGUCGUACAGUAGCUGUAUGAUAGUCGUGCUUUUGCAAUAAAAAGCCGAUUAUCUGACAUGUGUACUAACAGGUUUAAUUGAGUAAAUUCAUACACUGUAUAAAAUGAUCACAAACUUGUCUCAACGAUGUUUAACCUCAUUUAAUAUUGAUUCAGUGCAGAAUGUUGUUUCUGUUUUCAUCGUAGCUGUUCCAGCUAGAAGAAAUGUCACGUUAAUGGGAAUGGAAUAAAUGCAAUGAUUAAAUUCAA